AUGGUGCAACCGAGCGAUUCAAAAUCUGCUGAGCCUGAAGCAAAGGCAACGCCCGAGGCAAUGGCCAAGACGUCGUCCGCCUCAGGCGCGGCAGACAAAGACACAGUUAUUGAGGCCAUGCCCUACGGGACUCGCUCCCGCAACAGGACGGCCAACUCUCGUCCCAACUAUGCCGAGGACAAAGACAUGGACAUGGACAUGUAUGAUUACUACCCUGACAAAAAAGACAGCGACGCCGCCAAGAAGCCCUCGCGGCAGACCAACGGCGUCAGCAACGGCGAGACGUCUCGCGGCAACGGCAGCUCACGCAAAAAUGCUGUUGCCGCGGCCGACGACUCCAAGGCCACCCCCAGCCAGAAUGGCAGCCAGGAUGCGAAAUCCGGCGGAACGAUUCACGCCUCACAGGCGACGUCGGGAACUGCCACUUCGCAGCCUUCGCGGAAACGCAAGGCGGCAGCUAACCAAAACGGCGGCGCGGCAGCGGCAGCAUCAACCGCAACAUCGGCUGCAGCAACGCCGCCGGCGUCGACGAUCGCGGCGUCAAAAAAGAACGCCUUGGCCGCGCAGGCCCAGCUCCAGGGCAUGACAUGGCCUGAAUCCAACAUGCUCACAUUCGAGACGUGCAAAGGCCUGCCGGACAAUGGUCGAAUGGUGGCCGACGAUGGCACGGUGCUCGAGGCGAAUGAUCACGUCUAUCUCGUGUGCGAGCCGCCGGGAGAGCCCUACUACCUGGGCCGCAUCAUGGAGUUCAUGCACACCAACAACGACGCCUCGCGGCCGGUGGACGCGGUGCGCAUCAAUUGGUUCUAUCGCCCCAAGGACAUUGGGCGCAAGGCCAGCGACACGCGAAUGGUCUUUGCCAGCAUGCACUCGGACAUCAGCCCCCUGACGGCCCUGCGCGGCAAGUGCACGAUCAGACACCGGCUGGAGAUCAAGAGCAUGAACGACUACCGUCGCACGCCCGACAGCUUCUGGUACGAGAAGCUGUACGACAGGUACAUCCAGAAGAACUACGAUCUGAUUCCCACCCGCCUCAUAGUCAACGUGCCCGAAAAGGUCAAGAAGGUGCUGGACGAGCGCUGGCAGUACGUGCUAGUCGAGCAGGGGCGUGGCAAGGAGCUGACUAGCGCCGUUAAGCUCUGCAAGAGAUGCAGCGGCUAUUGCGCAAGGUACGUACCGUCGACACGACCCUACAAGGCGCUCCAUCAGGCCUAG